AUGCUACGCACUGUCAAGAAAUCAAGGUAAAUUACUAAGAAGUUCCUACAUCCUUUAUAUAGUUUCAAUGAUCUAGUCUAAGGAGUUGUUCUGGAGCCUGUUAUACUGAUAGGGUUGAUAAACCAGACACUUUGGAAGAAAAAGGUUGGCCCGUUUUUUAUUUUGCAAAGUCCUAAUUUACUGAAAAUUGAGUUUGAUAACAAUGAUCCCUAUUGAACAUCCGAGUUCCAAUUAUGUCAGUGGUAAAACAUUCUCAGAUAUGACGUGUUUUAUUUUAGAAUGUCAUCGGAGCCCUCCUGAUCCAAAGGUUGUUUGCGCUGUUAAGGAAACUAUAUUUUAUGUGUUUUUAUGAUGGUUCGUAAAGUCAUUUUUAGGCUGUAUAUUUCGAUAUUAGCAUAUUCGUCUCAUCAAACAUGGUGGUUUAUAUUACGGAAUUACUCUUCUCCACUUAAUCUUUUAUUAGUCUCAAGCACAGGCAAAAAACCAAAGAUGAAGACAUUCUUAUGGGAAAGAACGUCUUAUCACAGAAUACUCCCAACGCAACGCUCUCAUUAAUUACUACCACAACUGUGUGAGAAUGAUGCAGUCGGCCUUAAAGUGCAUUUACUCGACAGUUUGACUGCCUAGAAAGUAUAGUGGCUGUCCAGAGCAUGCCAGAGUUUCAUCCUAAAAUGGAAACUCUAGAUCGAAGAUAGUUUAAUUUGCGGGGUUUCUGGCACUGAGUUUUAGUGCGUCCAGGUACCGCUGAACACACCAGGAUCUUUUCUGAAAGGCCGUAGUCCUCGUCAUUUCUCGCCUUCUGGAGUCUGUUCUAGUUAGGAACGAAAGUCACAUUGAUUUUCUGCAUCAGCAUGAGUGCCCGUAGACUAAACUAAAUGGAAUUCUUCGCUGUUGGCAUGUGACGGCAGGCAUUUUAAAACGCAAAACUUAGGCUACGAAGUAUGUGUAGUUUCCCUCUUCCAAUGUGACCUAAAAGAAAUCUGUCCAACAAGUAGGCAUUACCGUUGACCGGAAACAGUUUCCACUGCAGUGCAGCAGACGCUUUGUGGUACGGUAUGGUCAAAUUGUCUUCCCUUGCCCAAAAAUAGUUGCUUCUCUCACGUUUUCGAAUUAAUUCUCCUUUUGCUUAGUGCUGGGGGCAAAUAAGCAUGCUAAUCUAUUUACUUGUGUUAAUGGGACUGUUGACAGGCCAUAUUUCAAAUUUUUGAGUUGGAAUUUCAAAAUAAUUUAACCGGAUCCAUUUUAAUUGGAGUCAUACUAGUGAUGAUGAUGCUGCUGCUGCUGCUGCUGCUGAUGCUGAUGAUGAUGAUGAUGAUGAUGAUGAUGAUGAUGAUGACGAUGAUGAUGAUGAUGAUGAUGGUGAUGAUGAUGAUGAUGAUGAUGAUGAUGAUGAUGUCCGAAUUUCAUUCCUCACAAAGCAGUUUAAGUUCAUGUUAUUUUGUAAAACUGUUCAAUAUACUCUUUGCUUCUGUAGGACACUUUAUCAAUCGUAUUGGGAACUUCAAAAACAGUCAAACGCCUUUAUCAAACUGCGAGACAACAUACCAUAG